CCACUGCAGCACAAUAAUUGGUUAGUUGUCAGCCUCAGCACAGCUUAAAGUGAAAUUAUUUCUUAUUAAUUGAAAAAUCCCGACUCAAAUAUUUAGAAUGGCACGCCCCACAUUUUUGGAGGCAAUCAUUUUACACAUUUGCAGAUAUUAUGGUACAGCAUUCUGCAUACUCGGUCGGGCCUUGGCGCUCCUGAUUUUAAAGGUUGUAGACUUUAUUUGUUCAAACUUGUGCUGCAAGGUGGUCAAUUCGCCGGAAGCGCAUGCUAAAAAAGUUGACCAUGUUAAGAAACAGAUUUUGGACUGGAAUAAAAAUGGGAGGACAAAAUUAUGUACGGCGAGACCCGGGUGGAAAUCAAUGUCGUUGAGAAUCCCCGCUUACAAGAAAACAAUGACCGGGAUUGACUUGUCCAGUUUGGAUGAAGUGGUCAAAAUCGAUGAAAAUUCAAUGACCUUAACUGUCGAGCCAUUAGUGAAGAUGGGUCCUUUAACUAAAAUCCUCGAUGCGAAGGGGUGGACGAUCCCGGUCGUGCCAGAGUUGGACUUUUUGACGGUGGGGGGACUAAUCUGUGGGGCUGGGGUGGAAACCUCCUCUCAUAAAUAUGGACUAUUUCAUAACACGUGUAUUUCCUACGAGGUGGUUCUCGCCUCGGGAGAAGUGGUCAAUGCAAGUAAGGAUGAGAAUUCAGACCUUUUCUACGCAAUUCCGGGUUCGUAUGGGACACUUGGCUUCCUAACGGCGGCAACGAUUAGGAUUUUCAAGGCGGAAAAAUACGUGAAACUAUCUUAUAUUCGGGUCAACUCGUUGGACGAGGCGACUGAACGGAUCACGGAAGAAUCUCUUAAAUCACCCGGGCACGAUUUUGUUGAAGGGAUCAUGUAUUCUUUGGAUAAGGGGGUUAUCAUGGUGGGGAGCUUGACAUCAAAACCAGAACCAGGAAAAAUAAACUCUGUUACCCGUUGGUAUAAAAAAUCCUUCUACAAACAUGUCGAAAGUUUCUUAUCCUUGUCUCAACUUGCCCCGAAAGUGGAAUACAUUCCUCUCCGGGAUUACUACCAUCGCCACACGUACUGCCUUUUCUGGCUAUGCCCGCACUACACGCCGUACAUCGAUAGUGCCCUCUUUCGCUACCUUUUUGGAUGGACGGGGCCCGGUGACAAUUACACGUACAAAAUUAUGCCGCCCUAUUUCAGACGACUUUUCGAACUCAAUCUUGUCGUACAAGACUUGAUCGUGCCGAUUGGAAAGACGAAGAAGGCGCUGCAAUAUUUUCACGAUACGGUUGAGGUAUACCCAGUGUGGCUUUGCCCAGCCAAAGGGUUUAACGAACCAGGAUUUUUUAAAUUUGAGGGAAACCCGAUGUACAUGGAUAUUGGAAUUUAUGGCCAAUCUGGAAAACCUGAUGAGUACGAAACUGACAAAUCAAACAAGGCGCUGGAGCAGUUUUGUCUGCAAAACAAGUGUGCGAAAGGUAUGUACGCUGACACGUGGUUAAACCGAGACGAAUUUUAUCAAAUGUUCGACCCAACGCUGUACAACAAAGUGAGGACGGAGCUCAACUGUUUGGACGGGUUUCCAGAUGUUUACGAAAAAAUAGCGGGGAGAACAUGAUAAAAAGUCGGAUACGUAUUUGUCUAAUAAAAAUCCGAAAUAUGUAGGUACGUAUUUAAUAUGAAGAAAACAUUAAAAUAUUUACGAAAAAGUCAAAAAUAUUAAAAUUUAAAUAAUUAGGUUAUGCUGAGAUUUAGUUGAAAAACGUAAAAAAAAAGUUUGCUUUAUUUGCAAUAUUUCGAAUGCUAUCUGCCAUUCAUUAUUAAGGGAUUUGUUGAAGAAAAUGAGAAAUUUGUCCCAAAAUAAAUAAAUUAAAUUAAAAUAAAAAUAAUAUAAGAAUAUAAAGAUUAAAAAAGUAAUAAGAAUUUUUUAAAUUUAAAAUGUAAAAAUUAAUUAUAAAAAUUUUGUAAAAAUUGUACUUCUGAGUAUCAUGUAUUUUUAGUCGGCAAAUUUAUUUGAGCCAAAAAAAUGGUUUCGUCACGUUGAAGUUUUUAUAAAGUUUAUGUCAUUGUGAAAAAAUCUCUACGCUAAAAGCUAAUUACAAUUUUACAUUUUUCAAAUAAUAAUGGAAAUACUUUUUGGUAUGUGUUUGUCUGAAAAUCUAGAAAUGUAUUAUAAAAACUUUACAUUCGGAUAAAUAAAAGUGUACAAUUUUA